CUGCAAUCUUAUCCAUGCGGAGAAAACACUACUAGACUCCGUCACACGGGACGUACUCACUAGGUUGUAGGAUGUCUAAGAGCACUAGUCCCUUUGCAUUGAUGACUUCUUUUCCUACCUAGGUAAUCUCCAUCGCACUACCUGUUCCCACCACCAAUCACGCAGCCAACCGUCCUGCCACCGACAUCAUAUCUGCGCAGUCGAUCUUCGAGUAGCAUCGCAUCAACGCGUCUCCAAAGAAUUUGCCAUCAUGUGCAUUGAACUCCACACCCGUCACCGCCGCUGCACACACACGCGCCUCCUUCAUUGGACUUACUGCCCCAUCCUUACCCCUUCCCAACGCCAACCCAGCACUGGCCGCGCCUGCAGAAGAUACAAAGUGCGCUACAAGGAGAGUAAUGACAACGUCGGCUGUUUCGAAUGCAAACUGUCGGAGAUUGCUGGCUGGGGCGCAAUGUCAAGAUCCCCAACUUCCUCGAAUCUUCCAGAGAGGUCGCCUACCAUGGCUAGUUUCUUAGACUAUGGGACUAGGUCACCUACUUUCCCGGGGUUUGUGGGGAGAUCGCCAAAAUUUCCGAUACUAGAGAAGUCCCCGACGGUCUCUACCUUCGCCACUUCGGUUGGGUUGCUAAGUAUUGGCACCAGAGACAGGGAAAGCAAAGAUAGCGAGGCCAGUGUUGCUGCGAGCGAUAAGCAGCUAAGUCCAGAACUAGGAGAUUGGCGGACGAGUGGUGACAGUAAGGAGAUUUCGGGAAAAGAGCUGGUGGAAGGGGCUAGAGGAGGUGGCGUGAAAGGAUGGUUUAAGAAGAGAUUUAAGGCUAGGGAAGGGUACGAUGGUGCAGUUUUGGGAUUUCAGACGAUGGAUGCGUAGGCUGCAAAAGUGGCCAGAAUACAGUAUGCUUUAAGACUACAUGGGUAGGACCUGGUUACAAUGUUGACAGGUAAAACAUCGACUACCUUCGCGCUGUAUUCAGGAUAUUCGCAUGCCAAUCGAACGCGCUCCAUACGUACCAAAAAUGCUACAUGACAACGAUGAUUGUGUGCUCUCCGCUAUUUGCACAAGCAAAAGCCUGUAUACCCCCAGAUAUCUAUACGCUCGCCUUUUCUUUGCAAAGAUCAUUAAUGCUUUCGUCUUUUACCAAAGCUUUGUCUCAAACCUCUCCCUCAGCUUCUCAUAUUUCUUCACAU